AUGACGUACAGGGAUGAGCAGCAAGGCGAUGAGAUCGGCUGGUCCGCACCGUCUGCCAAUACAGAUGUGCCUUUUGCCGCAAAUAUCAGCAACAACACAACGGCCGCCGCGACCAUGACCGCCAUGUCCAGUGACAUCCUGCCUCACCUCGUUCCCCCGACCGAAGACGAGGCCACGAUGUACUACAGCGCGUUCCCUUCCACACCCCGACUCCUCGGCCGGACUUCGGCGGGCAUCCGGCCCUGGAGCCUCCGCAUCCUUCACCCAGGCCCCUUCACCACGUACCAGCACCUUGUGAUGUCACCCAUUGGACAGCACCCCAUCCUACACAUCUGGGAUAACGUGGAGCCCCACAUCGUUUCAGCCAUCAGCGCUCUGCCAUGGACCUCCGUCGAUGUGUGGCGCAUCGGCAAUAACGAUCUGCAGCCUCAAGAGCGUCCCGUCGUCGUAUGGGUCGGUAUCCCAAGACACCAAGCCGAGAACGUUCACUGGGAUAUCAUUGCCCACGUCUUGCGCUCCUGUCGUGCUGUCCUUGAUGCAGCGGGCCUGCCCGACGUUGAGGUGGAGUUGCGCACAUCAGACGUCAUCCAACUUCUGGCCGACAACAACAGCGGAACCGGCAGCGACAGCGCCCCCGAAGUGCUCGACCCGGCGAAACAAGUCGAUUUUCCAGAUGUCAUGAAACCGUUUACGACAGCGAUAGGUCAGCCCAUUUUCCCAAUGGAGCGCGACACAAUGACGGGAACGCUCUGCGUGUUUCUCCAGCCGACCAAACGAGCGGCUGGUGGUGACGACACAACGAGACAACUCUGGGCGCUAUCAUGUCGCCAUGUUGUCUUUCCCAAUGUUCUCUACAGAGAGAACUUGCACUACGACGCGACAUCAUUCUCAGCAGCGUCAGGACGGAAAGCCAUCGCCAGCCCGCGCCAGCAUGAUGUCGAGGCCGCAAUGGACAGCCUGGCUAGCCUGGCCGAAUUCUCCAACAAGUUCCUCACAACAGACACGCAGCACACGACUCAGACCUCUCUGCUCCGUGAACAACUCAAUCUCGCGGCUGCAACUAAACUGCAACAGAGACUCCGCCCGUUCGAGAACUCCGCUGCCCGGGUCAUUGGCAAGGUCUUGCUAUCGCCUCCCAUCGGCGUCGGUGGCAGCGACGGCGACGGCCGGCGGCAACAGCCAUGGACACGUGACUGGGCUCUGAUCCAGCUGGACAAGGCGAGGUAUCCCACGGCCGCAUGUGGUCGCCUCAUGAACCAGGUUGACCUGCGUACGUCUGACUCUCAAUACCCGACCAAGCUUCGGCGGCUGUUGAAUCCGAAACCAGCCAACACAGUGCGCUUCGAAUAUCCCGAGUCUGGCCUCCUCCGGAUUCACGGUAUGAUUCCAGUGGCAGAAAUGAAAAGCCCCAAGAUGCUCGAUAAGGACGACGAGGAGAGCAUCCUUGUUGGCAAAUACGGCGCAACGACGGGUCUAACUUGGGCCGCUGCGUCCGAGAUCCUCUCAAUGGUGCGGCACUACCUGCCUGAUGGUGGUUCCCUCCAGUCCAGAGAGUGGGCCGUCAAGGGCUCGCUCCACGACCGGUCGAAACUGUUCUCCCAGGCUGGCGACUCGGGGGCCGCCGUUUUCGACAUCGAAGGUCGCUUUGGCGGUAUGUUGACUAGGGGUGCUGGCAUAUCCGGAGCGAUCGAUGUCACGUACGUGACGCCGGCUGAGUGGCUGCUGGCUGAUAUCGAGCGACACCUUGGUGUGGAGAUGGAGUUGUUGUGA